AUGUCUCAAGCCUGCAUCCGCUGCAGGAAACAGAAGCGAAAAUGUGACAAACUCGUGCCCGUCUGCUCACUUUGCAAACGGCUGAACAAGUCCUGUUCCUAUCCAGCACCUGACGCGGUAUCUUCUCACCCCGUGGCUGUGCCCGACUUACAUGACUUGACACCGUCCAAUAUUCGCCAUACCCUUGAAGCCCAAGUCUCGUCGAUUAUAGGCGACGGUGCUCAACUACAAGAGACCGCCGCCACAUACUUCCGAUCCGUGCACGUCUGGCUACCAAUCAUCUCCGAGACCGCAUACUAUUCGCAGCUCUCUAAAUUCCGCAUCCAGCCCGCCCCGUCGGACUUUAGUGUCUUGACCCUCUGUAUGUUCCUUGUGUGUGCGAUGCCCGUUGACGGCGAGGUGUCUGAUCAGACGCGAUCCCUGUAUACUCUUGUGAAGAGCUUCGUCGCACUGCUUGAGGCCAUGGGCACCAAUUCUUUGCAGUUGCUGCAGGCCAGGCUGCUUCUGACUGUGUUCGAAAUCGGACAUACCUUCUACCCGGCUGCGUAUGUCUCUGCCGGCGCGAAUGUUCGGGCUGCGGUCACUUUGGGCGCCAGUGCGGCUUCGUUGGAGGAUCUACGUACUGUGUUUCCGGAGCCAUGGAAAGCGGAGGAGGCGCGACGGACCUGGCGGGGCAUUGUUAUUGCGGAUAGAUAUGCCUCCUUGGAGAGCGAGAAUGAGCCCAGUGCUCUUCGUGGACGACGUAUAGACGCGGCUAGUGGCAGCGGUAAUACCAAAAGGGUACAGAAUGAUUUAUUCGAGAAACUAGUCCACGCUUCCGGCCUCUUGGGACAGGUUCUCACCCACAUCCACGAGAACUAUCAGCUCAUAUCGCUCCCGCCACUCAACGGCAUAGAGACCGGCAUCGAGGCACUGCACAUUCUCAGAUCUCUAACUUCAACUCUAGCAACGUUCCAAGGAGAAAGCUCUACUCUAGAUCCUCUCUCAUCUAGCUCCUUGGCCAUAUACAGAAGAAGCGCAAUGCUAGAAGUCCUCGAAUUCGGCUCCCACAUCAACCUCCCCGCCAACGAGUACUGCACCCAAACGUCCAUCAACAUUCUAGCCUCCCUGGUUCACGAGAUCGGCCACGAAGCCAAAGCCACAGUCGCCACCCCGACGGAACCAGCAACCCUGCCCGUGUUCAUCAUCCACUGCAUUUACAAAGCCGCGAUCGUCUAUCUCCGCGACGCAAGACUGUCGGGAGGCGUGGAUCCCGAACCGUCGAUACGCCCGUUGACGGAUCUUUUACGACAUAUAGGGAUGAGGUGGAGGGCUGCGAGCGAUUAUGCUCUGAGAAUUGAGAAGGCUUCUCGUGAUGCAGGUUUCCAGAACUCGAGAUAAGUGGAGGCGGGCAUACUAGAACCUGGUAUUUGAGCAAGCAACAGAACGCUCCGUACGGAUAGGAACCUCGAGGGCUUUCAUUGUGAUCUCUACGAGUAGCCACGACAAAUGGAAAGAAAGGGCCUGUAAAGCUACAGUGAUGGCCACCGAAGCAGUCAACUAUU